GGCGACAUAGAAUGCUUGUAUCACACAUAUAUGUUAGUUAUGGAGGUCUACUUACAUAUAUUAACUUGUUUUCAUGGUUCAAAACCUUGUAAUCGCUGCAAACGAGCCGAUCAAAAUAUCUCCUCACUGACGCUCUCGUCAGCCGCGCUGUUUCAGACCAAAACCACCCCCCCCAGAACGUGGACUGUGUUGUGAUUGGCCAGCCAACGAGAGCUUUCCCCCUUUCCUGUGAUUGGCCAGGUACCUGGAAGUGACGUGUUUAGAACGUCAGCUCUCAGAUACGCAGCUCUUUUUUUUUUUUUUUUUUUUUUUAAACAACUUUAUUGAAAUACGGUUACAUUACAAAAGUGAAGAAAUAAACAUAUUACAUUAGUGAACAAACAGAGCAAAAACAGGAGAAAUAAAACUUUGCCAGGGUAGCUGAUGAGUUAUUAAAAAAAGAAAAGGAAGACCAAACAUUGACAGUCUUAAUUGCUUUUUUGUUAUUAGAGCCAGAAAUCAAAUAAAUCAGAUACGCAGCUCUCCCUCUGGCACGAUUGAUGCUCUGCUCGUCAUUAUCAAAACAUUGUUAAAUGGCUGUGUCACGACCCCGCGCCGUAAUCCCUUACACAUUUGACCCGGAGUCUGACCCAGAGACAGAAGAUACUGUCGCAAGUGAAACACCUCCACAACAAAGACUGCUGCAGGACGCCUCAGAAUGGUGCACUUGUGGGAACUGCAUGACGAUGCCCACAGAAGGGGAGAACGUCUGCUGUAGAGAAACACUUAUGGUUAUCCGAAGAAUGAAUGAACUUCCGGACACACCAACAUGCAUGAUCUACCAUCCAGGCCUGGAGCCUAACUGUUUGAACCCAUACACACUGCAGAACAUGAACAACAUCUACCGGGCAGACUAUGGGCCUUUGCGGGGAAGAACAAUACACGAGUAUUCGCUACCGGCAUUUAGCAUAUCGCAGCUUUGUCAGCUGGUGCUGGGGAUAUUUGGGACGACGUGUACGAGUUGUCAUCCCGUCGUGUGUCGUGUGCCGGAAACGCCAGGAGUUUCCUGAUCUGGCUAGACAAUAUGUUGGCUUCCGCCCACCCCUUGACUGAAGCGGGUCACGUGUGAGGCAAUGACUUCCUCCUUUGAGGGUCUGUCAUACUGGGCCGACAGGGUCUCUGGGAUGGCGAUCUUCCUCAUGUCCUCAGCGAAAGACUCUGGGUCCUCCAUCACCUCCUCGAACACCAGCCUCAUCAAUUCAGCCACAUAGUCUUUAAAAUGUAACAGAGAACCAUGACAUUACAUUCAGACAGUAAUUUCUUUACUGUGUCAUUACAUUUUCAGCUAUUUAAAUUUAAAUGUGUUAUUUGUUGUGUUAGGUGUUAAUUUAAGUUAAUAAGAAAGAAAAAAAAGCCAAAAAAAGUUUGUCAGUAUUUGUAAAACAUGUUAUUCAAUGUAAAUAAAACAUUUUAGUGA